AUGUUAGAACACAAGCGAAAUCACUCAUAGAAAAUUAGAACUGUAUUGAUAAGGUGCUUUGAUAAACAAGUGGCGAUUGAUAUAGCAAUGGACAAGAGUGUGGCUGAUCUCCUAAACAAGCUUCGUGAACAUCCAGCAACACCAAAUUCAUAAUAGUUAGUUGCUCUGAAAACGGUCUCUAAUUCAAUCACCAUGGAUUACAUGUUGUCUGUACCAGAAGAGAGAGCUUAACUGCCCAUACACAAGUUAAAACAGGAAGCUUUGAUUGGAGUCUAUAGAUAAAAUGCUCACAAAUCAAUUCUCAGUCUUCUGGAUUUCACAUUCGAGAGAUGCAUUGGCAAGGGAGGCACUUCAGAAGUCUAUUUGGUGCGUCAUCAAGUGUCUGGACGAUUGUUUGCUCUGAAGAUGAUCAAAAAAUAAUACAUUACUGAUUGCAGAAGACUGGAACAAAUCCUUAGAGAGAAGAAAAUUCUGUCUCAGGUUCUGAAUCACUCUAAAUUCAUCAUUCCAUUGUAUGCCACAUUUGCAACCAAAGAUCAUCUGUGUUUUCUAAUGGAAUACUCUGCUGGGGGCGAGAUGUUUUAUCAUCUUCAAAAUUACCGUUUUACAGAUGAAGAAGCCAAAGCUUACAUUUGCGAAGUCAUUUGUGCCCUUGAAGAACUCCAUCAACAUCGAGUCCUAUACAGGGAUUUAAAGCCAGAGAAUAUACUCAUUGAUCUCAGGGGUCACAUUUAACUCACUGAUUUUGGCCUAUCCAAAUUGGACUUGAGUGAAGAACAAUUAACCAACAGUUUCUGUGGUUCUCCUGAGUAUAUGCCUCCAGAGAUAGUCAAUCGAUAAGGUUACUCUUAUCCUGCAGACUUCUAUACCUUAGGGUGCUUAUUAUAUGAAUUGUUGCUAGGCUUACCACCUCAUUAUUCUCAAAAUACUGAGGAAAUUUUUCAUAAAAUUCAAAAUGAGGAUAUCUCCUUUCCUGAAGAAUUGACUGGCGAUGUCAUGUAACUGUUGCAAAGUCUUUUGAAUAAGAAUAUCGCAGACAGAAUACAUGACUUCGCUACUUUGAAGAAGAAUUCUUGGUUUAGUGAUGUCGAUUGGCAAGCCGUUAAAUAGAAGAAAUCCAAUCAGAUGCCUAUAUUCAUUGAUAUCUAUGAAACACAUAUACAUCAAGAGUUCUUGAAGAUUGACGUAACUGAUCUCAAUCAGAAGAAUGAGUAAGGCGAAUUAAGCAGUUCUGAAGAUCUCUUUGAUUUCUUCAAUUAUGUCAACGAGUCAUACAAAGAUAUAUUUCAAUUGAAAUAGAAGAUGAGAGUUCAAAGUGAUCAUCUCAUUGAUAAAAAGCUUUUACAAAUAAGUCAAUCAACGACAAAAAAGAAGAAUCUAUAACUUAACUUGAAUGAAAUAGAGAAGCAAUUUUCUAAGACUCAGACCCAAAAACAAUCACUCACACCAUAGAGUAUUAUGCCGCUGUCUUUAUUACGCAAAUCAUUCUAAUAAAUGAUGAAAGAGAAACCGAGAAAGAGUUAGGACAAUCAUCCCACUUUGAGUACUGUGCUAUCGGAUCGGCCAAUUAUAGAUCGCAAUUAUGUAGCCAAUUCAUCCUAAAUAAUUGUAGAUAUAAAAGAUGUUAUAAACUUUAACAAGCAAGAAGAAACCGCAGAGUCCUUAACAUAAUGA